UCCCGAUAAAAAUCCCGAUGCAAACAGCAAGGAGAAGUUUGCGUUAUUAGGAUCUAUUGCGUCGAUACUUCGUAAUCCAGAAUCCAGAGAACGUUAUAACUUCUUCCUAAAAAAUGGUGUACCGAAAUGGCGUGGUGGUGGUGGUAAGGAAAGGAAGAAAACUGGCUCAAGUGAAGAUGAAGAAGAGGAUGCUGACACCAAAAAAAUGCGAGGCGCAUUAUCAAGCGCAAUUCUUAGCGAAAAACCCAAUGUGCAUUGGGACGACGUUGCCGGUUUGGAGUCUGCGAAAGAAGCGCUGAAAGAAGCAGUAAUUUUACCUAUCAAGUUUCCACAGUUAUUUACUGGAAAUAGAAAACCAUGGUCAGGUAUAUUGUUAUACGGACCUCCGGGGACGGGAAAAUCUUAUCUAGCUAAAGCAGUUGCGACUGAAGCGAAUUCUACAUUUUUCUCCGUUUCAUCCUCCGACUUGGUGAGCAAAUGGAUGGGUGAAAGUGAACGUCUUGUCAAAAACCUUUUUACAAUGGCUCGAGAAAACAAACCUGCGAUCAUUUUUAUUGACGAAGUUGAUUCUCUCUGUGGUCAGCGCGGAGAAGGUGAGAGUGAGGCAAGUCGGAGGAUAAAAACUGAGUUUCUGGUCCAGAUGAACGGUGUAGGCAAUGAUUCCAGCGGAGUUUUGGUACUUGGAGCUACAAACAUUCCAUGGCAAUUAGAUAGCGCCAUUAGACGACGAUUUGAGAAGAGAAUAUACAUACCUCUGCCGGAUCCUGCUGCAAGGGCUAGGAUAUUUGAACUUAAUGUGGGGUCUACACCUUGUGAAUUGACCCGAGAAGAUUACAAACUAUUGGGAGACAUGACGGACGGAUAUUCUGGCUCUGAUAUUUCAGUGUUGGUUCGAGAUGCUUUAAUGCAACCUGUUCGUAGAGUUCAAUCCGCAACACACUUCAAAUGGGUUAAAAGGCCCGACAAAAACUACCUCACUCCGUGUUCACCUGGCGAUGAGGGUGCACAGGAAAUGACGUGGAUUGAUGUCAAGUCAGAAGAUUUACUUGAACCGGAAUUAACUUUAGAUGAUUUCAAAAAGUCAAUGAUUUCAACUAAUCGCACGGUAAACGCUGUUGAUAUCAAAGCACAUAUAGACUUUACAAAGGAAUUUGGUCAAGAAGGUUGA